AUGUACCGCCCCCACCUGCCCCGCAGGUAUGCCUUCAACAUCGCCUUCAACCUGCUCAACAAGUCCACCCUCAACAUCUUCCCCGCCCCCUGGUUCCUGGCCACAUUCCAGCUCAUCGCCUCGGGCGCCUUCAUGUGCACGCUGUGGGCGCUGCGCCUGCAGCCGGUGCCGCGCGUCAGCUGGGGCGACAUCCGCGCGCUGGCGCCCGUGGCCCUCUUCCACACCAUCGGCCACGUCUCCGCCUGCCUGUCCUUCUCGCAGAUGGCGGUGUCGUUUGCGCACGUGGUCAAGUCUGCAGAGCCGGUGCUGUCGGUGGUGCUGGCGCAGGUCAUCCUGGGCGAGGUGUAUCCCUACUACGUCUGGCUCUCCCUGCUGCCCAUCAUCGCGGGCUGCUCGCUGGCGGCCAUGAAGGAGGUCUCUUUUGCCUGGUCCGGCUUCAACAACGCCAUGGUGUCCAACGUGGGCAUGGUGCUGCGCAACAUCUACUCCAAGAAGUUCCUGGGCCAGCUCAAUCUGGAUGGCAUCAACCUGUUUGCCAUCCUGUCCAUCAUCUCCAUCUUCUACUGCCUGCCCUGCGCGCUGGUGCUGGAGGGUGGGUGCCCGCGCCCUGCUGCCUGCCUGCACGACCUGGCGGCCUUCAUCAAGCUGCUGGCAGCGGGCGGCCUCUUCUACCACCUGUACAACCAGGCCUCCUACAUGGUGCUAGACCAAGGCAUCUCGCCAGUCACCUUCUCGGUGGGCAACACCAUGAAGCGCGUGGCGGUGGUCGUCUCCUCGGUCCUCUUCUUUAAGAACCCGGUGUCGAUCCUCAACUGGGUGGGCAGCAUGGUGGCGCUGUUGGGCACCGGCCUCUACUCGCUGGCCAAGCAGAAGGCGUCGGACGAGGCCAAGGCGCAGGCCAAGGCGAGGAGCAGGAGCGUGAGCCCCACGCCUUGGCGCGACCUGCCGCCCCGCGGCUAG